CUGCACCUUUAUGGCUUUGCAAUUUAUCCUCCAUCUCCGUCUAAUUUCUUCUUCUUGACCAUCUUUGAGCCUUCCACACACCAGUUGCUAUUUGUCGCAAGUUAGUAGACAGCAUGCGGUCCGUAGCUGUCAAAGCCUUGCGAAAUGCAAGACUAGCCGCGCAAUCGUCCAAGCCACUGCAACGUUCUUAUGCCACCGUCCGCGACCCAAAUCAACGAGACCCUGCUGAACUAGAUCACAUUACUACCUUACCAAAUGGCAUCCGAGUUGCUACCGAAUCGCUCCCCGGACCCUUCUCCGGCGUGGGCGUUUAUAUCGAUGCAGGCUCCAGACACGAAGACGAAUCGUUGAGAGGAGUUAGUCACAUUGUCGAUAGAUUGGCGUUCAAAUCCACAAAAUCAAGAGCUGCCGACCAGAUGAUCGAGUCUCUAGAAUCGUUAGGUGGAAAUGUCCAGUGCGCAUCGUCCCGAGAAGCAUUGAUGUAUCAAUCCGCAACAUUCAACUCGGCCGUGCCAAACACAAUUGCUCUCCUCGCCGAAACGAUCCGUGACCCGCUAAUUACCGAAGAAGAAGUCGAACAGCAAUUACAAACAGCCGAUUAUGAGAUCCAAGAAAUCUGGUCAAAACCGGAUCUGAUAAUACCAGAAUUGAUGCACAUGGCGGCGUACAAGGACAAUACGUUGGGGCAUCCACUUUUAUGUCCCAAGGAGCGACUACCCUAUAUCACGAGAGGCCUUGUUGGCAAAUAUCGAGCUCAAUUUUAUCGACCUGAGAGGAUUGUUGUGGCUUUCGCGGGCGUCGAGCACGACCUGGCCGUUCGAUUGACAGAGAAAUAUUUUGGAGACAUGAGUCCUGAUGUAGGACCAUCACUGCCAGAGAUCCAGACACAGGCUGCAGAUACCUCAUCUCCUGCCACACUGCAAGCCAGCCAGGCUGCGUCAAGUUCCAGUAAACCCAACAACAAAAUCCUGGGUUCCAACAACUUUUCCACUUCUGCACCACACCAAGCCACCGUUUCGCCUUUGGAUUCCUCGCUGCUUCAGCCUGCUCCCUCUUCACUUCUCACACAGCCAUCUCAUUACACCGGUGGUUAUCUCGCCCUUCCUGUACUCCCUCUGCCACAGAACAAUCUGUCUAUCCCACUUUCACAUGUACACAUUGGAUUUGAAGCACUGCCCAUCUCAUCAGAUGACAUCUACGCUCAAGCCACCCUACAGACUUUACUCGGAGGAGGCGGGUCUUUCUCGGCUGGUGGACCAGGGAAAGGCAUGUAUUCACGACUUUACACAAAUGUUCUCAAUCAACACGGAUGGGUUGAAAGCUGUGUGGCUUUCAACCACAGUUAUACAGACAGCGGGUUAUUUGGUGUUGCUGCCGCUUGCGAGCCUGGCAGAGUUGGCCACAUGGUCGAUGUCAUCUGUCGAGAGUUGCAAUCGCUCACCCUCGACCAUGGAUUUGCUAGUCUUCAACUUGCCGAAGUUAACCGGGCUAAGAAUCAACUGCGCUUCAGCUUGCUGAUGAAUCUGGAGUCCCGCUUGGUUGAACUCGAAGAUCUUGGUCGACAGGUCCAAGUGCAUGGACGAAAGGUCGGAGUGAAAGAGAUGUGUGACAAAAUCGAUGCUUUGACGGUGGCCGAUCUGAGGCGAGUGGCCAAACAGAUCUUUGGUGGCAAGGUUGAUAACAGGGGCCAUGGGACUGGGGCACCGACGGUGGUCAUUCAAGAAGGCGAGCCGGCAAACGGCUGGACAACCAAGCCAGUCGUCUGGGAGGAUAUUCAGUCAAGGAUAGCUCGAUGGAAGUUGGGUAGACUGUGAGGAGUGACCCAUCAUAGUCAGGUAUGUAUAUCUGUCACUGUACCAAUAAUAUGACUGUGCAAGUCCAAUUCAUCUCUUGACAAGUUGAGGUUCUAUCUAUACAUGACACCGGCCUCAGAGGUCAAGUCACCAUCUUGUGACGGACCAAGAUCGCUGACGGAAAACGCAACAAUGGCAUGAGGCUGGUCUGGCACAGAUCCGGCCGCACUUGCUACUCAAACGAGGCUGAAUGACCUUGUGACUGC